AUUUGUUUAUAUUUUGAAAGAAAAAUAGGUUCUAUUAGAAUUAACAGAAUUGAUAAAAUAUAAAUUUGGAAAAACUUAAAUAAUUAAAUAUAAAAAAUAAAAUAAAUAUAAAUAUUAAAAUAUUUUUAAAAUAAGUGUGUGAAAAAUAGAAAAAUACAGAAAAAAACUUAGUCAAAAUGCCCAAUACAGCAAUUGAAAAUAAUUUUGAGGGUGAAAAUGAUGAUAUGGAAAUGUUUGCAACUGAUGAAAAUUUCAGUGAUAAUGAUAAUAAUGUCCAAAAUGAUAUUCUAGUUGAAGAUGUUGUUAAUUAUAAUGGAUUUUAUUAUGAAAAAAGAAUUAGGGAAUACGAUACAGAUGAUGAGGAAUAUGAUCAUGAAUUCAAUCGUAAUAGAAAAUUAACAAGAUAUUCAGAUGGUACUGUUAAAUUGCGUAAUCCAAAUAUUGAAUUAAUGGACCAGGAUAUCUUAUAUCAUAUAGCAUUAGGAAGUGGAAGUCAUGAUUUACAAGAAAUGUUUGGUGACGUUAAGUUUGUUUGUAUGGGUGGUACACCAAAACGUAUGGAAAAUUUUGCAGAAUUUAUUAUGAAUGAAAUUGGUUAUAAAUUGCCAGCUGGAACUCAAUUACAAGAUAUCAGCGCAUAUUCAUAUAGAUAUUCAAUGUAUAAGGUUGGUCCCGUUUUAGCAAUCAGUCAUGGUAUGGGUACACCAUCAAUAAGUAUUUUAUUACAUGAAAUCAUAAAAUUGAUGUAUCAUGCUAAAUGUCAUGAUCCAAUAUUCUUUAGAAUUGGUACAUGCGGUGGAGUUGGUAUUGAAGGUGGUACUGUUAUUAUAACUGAAGAAGCAUUAGAUGCUCAAUUACGAAAUCAUCAUGAAUUUAUAAUUCUUGGUAAAAGUGUUUUACGUCCAACAAAAUUGGACAAGAAAUUGGCUCGUGAAUUAAAAGCUUUGGCUAGUGAAGAUGAUCCCUAUGAUACAAUAAUUGGAAAAACAUUAUGUACAAAUGAUUUUUAUGAAGGUCAAGGAAGAUUAGAUGGUGCAUUUUGUGAAUUCAGUGAAAAUGAUAAAAUGGAUUAUUUAAAUCAUUUACGUGAAAAUGGUGUUGUUAAUAUUGAAAUGGAGAGUACAAUAUUUGCUGCAUUAACACAUCAUGCUGGUAUUAAAGCAUCUAUAGUAUGUGUAGCAUUAUUAAAUCGAUUACAUGGAGAUCAAGUUAAUGCUCCUAAAGAAGUUAUGAAUGAAUGGCAAGCCCGACCACAAACACUUGUUUCUCGUUAUAUAAAAAAAUAUUUGGCACAACGUGGUCAAUUAGGUUCAUUAGGUAUGUUCGGUACACAAGGUUCAAUAAAAUCACCAAGAAGAUUUAAAUUAGUUCAACAAGAAUCUCAAGCACAUGAAUAAUUUUAUUAAAAAAAAAAUUAUUUAAAAGAAAAAAAUAUCAAUUUUUUUUAAUUUUAAGUUUUUAUUUUUAAAAGCAUAAUUUUUCUGUUUCGUUUUACUUCACGUUAGUAAUAAUAUUGUUCUUAUUAGUGAAAUUGUAAAUUUGUAGUUUAUUGAACAUACACACACACACAAAAAAAAAUAUUUUCUUUUUUCAUUAAAUUUAAUUAUAAAAACUUUCACAUUAAUUUAAGGACAUGAAGAAAAACAACAUUACUGAAAAACUACUGAUAAAAAAUUUAAUUAAAAAAAAAAAAACAAAAAUAAUACAAAGUGUGCCGGAUCUCUUUGUAUAGCACACAAAAAUCUUUGAUAACUUUUUAAAUUGAAAUCAAUUGGAAUUCUUCAAAAUUUUGUCUUUUUGUAUUUUAAUUAAAAUAUUUUAAUAAUUUUAAAAAUCUAUCUCAAAAAAUUUUAAAUUUUUAAACAUACUUGAAAAAUAAAUUUAAUAUACAACGAUAAAAUUAGUCACAAAAAGAAAUAUUAUUGAAAAAAUAUGAUAAUUGUAAAACAUUCCAAUUAAUAUUUAAUUUAAUUAAAAAAUAACAAAAAAAAUUAAACCAAAUAUGAAAAAAAAAAUAAAAAUUAAAUAAAUAUUAUAUUGCAAAUUAAAUGUGAAUGAAAAAAACGUAAUUAUUUCAAAUAUUAUUAGAGAAAAAAAAUAAAUAAAAAUAAAUAAAAAUCAGAAUAAUUUUUAAUUAAAUCUGUGGUUACAAAGCAAAAUAUCUUAAAUUUAAAACUCAAAUUAAUAGCUGCAACAUGACUGUAAAGCGUUCUUUCUAUAUUCAAGACGUUUUUUCUGAAUUCUCUCUUAUUUUGUUUUUAUUAUAUAGAAAAAGAAUUUAUGAAAUGACAUUAAGAGUUUGUAAAACAGAAUUUGCUUAGAUUCAAAAUAUAUGACAUUUUGCUUUGUGACCACAGAAAUAUUAUUGAAGACUAAAAAACCAGAAAAAAAAAAAAACAAAAAAAUAAUAUGAAAAUUUAAUUUUUAAUGUUAACUUAAAUAACUAUAUUAUUGUGAUUUUAUAUACAACUUUAUUAUAUUAAAUGUUAAAAUUUAAAAUAUGUAUUAAAGUACAUAUAUACAUACAUAAACCUACUACAUAAUAUUAUAUCAAAAUACAAUUCACAUUUCAAACAUUACUAUAUACAUAUUUAUAAUAAAAAAUUAGAAAGUAGAUUAGUAAUUGGCAACACGCAAAGAAUCUAAAAUUAUUAAAUUUUGCCAUUAAAGAAAAAUAUUUUAAUAAAUUGUUACGAAAAUAAAAUUCAAAUUAAAUUUUUUCGUAUAUAUUUUUUUUUUUCAUAAAACGCUUUAAUUUCAAAAAUAUACGUACAAUGUGUAAGAAUUUCAAAUUAUAAUUAAAUAAAUUUUAUUUUUAAUUUUAAUAUUUUAAAUUGGCUAUGCUUUAAUAAUGUAUUUUUGUAGGCUUAAGUAAUAGAAAUAGCUGAUAAUAUUUUAUUUUUUUUUAAUUAUAUUUAUUACAUUUAUUAUUAUUUUUAUUGUAUAGCUUUAUGGUUUCAUUCAACUAUUAAUUCUUCUACACUAUGUUAAUAUUAUUAAUUAAUAAAUAUUUUGUUAUAAAUAUUUUUAUUUUAAAAUUAAAAAUGUUUUAUAUUUUAAUUGUAAAAUAAAUACAGGAUGAUGCAGCCAUAUACUAUCGGAUAGAUGGAGUAGAAAAUGAAUAAAAGUUUUUUAUUCGGAAUGUAGUGUUAAAUCGGUAUCGUUUCCGAACUACAGAGAUUUUAAGACAAUUAUUUGUCUUUAUAUACUUUUUAUUAAAGCCUUUAAAAUCAUGAAAUUCAAAAAGAAUCUCUAAAGAACCAUAAAAGAUUUUUUAAAGAUUAAUAACUUAUAUUAAAGCUUAAGAAACGGGGUAAAGAAUUCGAUAAAUUUUAUGAGAAAUUUUCGGGGCAAAAGAAAAAUAGAAAAAAAUUACAAAAUGAAGAAUAUUGAAAUCUUCCUUGAGUUAAAACGCUUUUAUUUCUUAAAAAACAUGAAAGACCAAAUAAUACGCUAUUUAUUUUUGAGCCCUAUAUAAGCUCAUUCAAAAACUGUUUGUUUGAAGCCCAAAAUUUUUUUUGCAAUGGAAGUUAUAGGCAAAAAAGCUUAGGUAAAAUUUUGCCAAAUUUUUUUUAAAUCUUUGCAUCUCGGAAGAGUUUUGCUCUUUUUAGACAGUCUACCCAAUGGUAUAUAGCUUCUUAUUUGUUACUGACUCUUCCUGUAUAAAUAAAUUAAAAUUUUUCUUUAAAUAAUAAAAAUAUGAAAAAUUUUUGAGUUUUACAAUGAUUGAAAUUUCCUUUGAAUAUCCUGCAACUAUACAUAUUAGUGUUAUAUUGUUGUCAUAAAAUAUGAUGCAAGUUAAUUAGUAUUAAUUGUUUAUUAACUAUUAUUUAAAGUAUUAAUUGUAUUUAUUGUAUGAUAUGAAAAUAUUUAAAUUAAGCCCUGCCAUCCUCAGUCCGGCCAGUUUAAAAAUUUUUAUUAAUUCGUAAAGUGUUCAUUAUUUUCAUUAUUUCCAUUAUUUUUUUUAAUAAUUCUUUUAAUAAUUACAAAUGUAAUAAAUAUUAUUAAAUCAAAAAGAAGUUCAGUUCAAAUUCGUAAUACAAAUUAUAACAGAAUUCAUACAAUAACUACCAUAAUACUGAUUGAAUCAUAACUCUCAUAUUGCUAUAAAUCUGUCAUUUUGUUAUUUUACUAUAAAGACAGUUAUACCUAAAUGGUUAAUGUUAAUGUCGCUCAUGAUGUAGAGCAAUUACGAACAAUAUUUUGUUGUUUGAUUGUUAUUUUCAAAAACGUCACAUACUUUCCUAAAUGCAAACGUAUUCCUACAGUUUUAGUAUAAUAUCGUGAGAUUGAUGUUCUUUUGUCCAAAUCGAGUUACAAAUUUAUGAUUCAAAAUUAAACUUCAAAAUGUCAUCAUUUUAUAAAUUUUAAAUAAUAUGAAACUCUUAUACAAUAUAUGAAAUAAUGGAAACAGUUGCCAUAUGCUUCACAAACUAAUUCUUAUUACAAAUUAUUCAUAAUCAGCUUCUUGUAAAUAUUGUAAACGCACUUAAUGUAAACAAAUUUUUUCAAAAAAAAAAUUUUUUUUUAAAUAAAUAUUUUAUUAAAACUGCAUUUAAUAACCUUAUUAUGAUCGGUAAUGUGAAUGACAUUUUUAGCGAAUAUGCUUUUUCGGUAUUAUAAUUUGCGAUUUUACCAAAAUUUUAAUGAAUGAACUUUCAAAACUCUCAGAUGGGAUGGUUGUCGAAUGAAAUUAAAAACCUAAAUAAAAAAUUUUUUAUUUUACCGUAUUAACUAUUUUUAGGUUAUGAUUAAUGUAAUGUUUUAAUAACUUGAGCUAGUAAUGUUUUGGACCUAGCAAACAAAACCAUUCGCCAUUCAUUUGAAAAUUUAAAAUAUACUUCGUUUAUUCGAUUCGCCUAGUUCGCUUAGUUCGCCAAGUUAUUCGAUCCGCCGAUCAUAAUAAGGCUAUAAAAUAAUUCUUUUUCGGGAACCAAAUGUUAUAUAAAAUAGAACAAAACAGUGCAUAUCAUUUAAUUAAUAUUAUAUAUUUUAUUAAAAAUUAAAUAUUAAAAAUAAAACGAAAAAAGAAAAAAUUCAAUAAAAUAUAUUCAUUAAAAUUCACUUUAUUAAUCGAAUUUGCAAGUGUGCAAAUAAAUAUUGAACUAUUUGGCAAUGAAAUUUGAAUAUUAAAAAAUUUUAAUUUUAUUUGAAGGAUAAAUUGAUUUUUAGCAAUUCAUUUGUGAUACUUAAAAUACCAAAAAUUAUUAUUGACCAUUUUAAUUUUAAAUAGAGUAAAAUUGAAAAUGAAUCUAGUGAUUAAUUCGUAUAAUCUCUGCAUCAGUCUCCAAAAGUGGGACUCUCCACAAGUUAAUAUUAGAUCUCUGUGCAGCAGAACAAAAUCUAAAUUCUUUAAACUAAUGAAAAUUGUAGAACAAAAUCAAUUAUUUUAACUAAUUUAAAUUAAUUAAAUAUAUUUUUGUAUUAAUUUGUGCGGAAUUCACAAUUUAAUCCUUCAUAUUCUGAAUUGAAAUCAAUUAAUAUUGAAUAAGAAGGCACUUGAAAAAGGAUUCAGAAAAUGUGUAAUACGAGGUUUUCUUUAUUUGUAUAUCUAAUCACUUUUCAUUUUUGAAAAUUUUAAAACUUUCAAUUCUAUAUUCUAAAUAUUUAAUAUUUCAUUUUAUCAUAAUUAUAAAUAUAUAUUAUGAAUAAAUAAAAAUAAAUAAAUUGCUUAUUCGCAACUUGUAAAUAAGAGGCUUACAAAUUGCUUAUUUCUGCAUUAAUAUUCAUAAUUGUGCUUAUUUGAGUGAAUCAUCAAUAUUGUCAU